GUGCUGAGAUUAGUGUCAGCCCUUUUUCUCCACUAUGUUUUGUACUUCCUGGACGGUGGGCACAAUUGCUGUGUUGGUGAAAUUACGUUUACGAUGAAUCGGUAGGGCAGAUUGAAUCUAUGGAGUUCGUGGCCGAUAGCGACCUAUGGAGGUAGUACUUAUGUCGUGUCUUCUUACGCUCCCAAAUCUUUCGUUUCUUUCUUGUCUCCUUAACUUUCAUAACUCCAUUCCCUAUUCUAUUGUUGGCAAAAACCACUCACUCAUCGGCAGCGCGCUGCACCGUCUUGCUUUGCCUACCUCGAUCUAUCCAUCUCCCGUUAACACAUCGAUCCACUACCUUCUCAGUUGUCCAUUACCACGGAUAGAAAUUAUGGUUGUGAAUACUUUCACCCCCCAUAUUGCAAAGCUCGCUAGGUUCUCACUUGGGAGGUUCACAAAUCGCUGGGCCAAUGAGGAAGAACUAAAGUUAGUCUCACACUUUUCAAUGCCCCUGUCCUUCCUACUUGCUUCUAGAUUGGUUCUAGUAGCGCGUGGAAAGGGACACAAGAAUUCGGGAUCAGAGUAAAGAAGAGGACUAGACUAAUCAAGCAUAUUUGCAGCAAGCCCUCAAUCUUGAAAGACAAUAAAAUCCCCAAGGACGUACCAGCACAGUGGAAUGUUUUGAGAUGGCAAUAUCAAAGCGAGUUAUUGAUGGAGAUCAAGAGUAGAGAUAUGGAAAGAGUACGGCAACAGCAACCGCUGGAUGGCGUGAUGUUGGGGAUGGCGGAAAAAGCGGAGAUGAAGGAUGUGAUGAGCGAGAACCAUCUUUGGAUGUGUGCUGUUUGAAGUGCUGCACUUGUGACAUGGGAAGGUCGAUUUGGGUGUGAUCAUUAAUGCCAUGGAGAGGAAGGGUUCUUAUCUGUAUGGCGUUAGAUAUCGGAUGGAAGUCUUUGCACAAUGCCGAUGGUUUGAGGAAAUAUCAAGUACUCGCCGGAUACCAAGGGCAUCAUUAGAAGCAAAGAAAAUAACAUAGACGAAGCU